UUUGAGCAUUCCAGUCUGCCUCAGUGUCCUUAGAGAAGGAGACUUAUUUUAGCCACAGGGGUGAAAACAUUAACCUAAACAUUUGUGCCCCUGCUGAAUUAACAAAAAGCGUCAAAAACAGCCGUGAGUGUGCAGACAGCCCCGAAACGCAGAGUCCAGACCUAACAGAGCACAGCAGCUAGUUAGCUCCGCGCUAACCAGCCCGUUUUGGAGAUGUUUCCGUCCAGCAGAUACUCUCUCCAAGCUCGGCGGUGUAUACGUGCACUGAAGGCAGUUCAGACAGAACAUGUGGCUGCGCAGGUGUAUACAAGGCGCUGUUUCUCCGCUCCUGUGCCACGAGUUACAUCCCAUUAUACGAUCUACCCCCGAGAUAAGGAUCCACGAUGGGAGGGUGUGGAUAUGGAGCGCUUUGCUGAUGAAGCAGACGUCGUCAUUGUGGGUGGAGGCCCUGCCGGCCUAUCGGCAGCCAUCCGACUGAAGCAGCUGGCCAAUCAACAUGAGAAGGAGCUGCGGGUGUGUGUGGUGGAGAAAGCGUCUCAGAUUGGAGCUCACACAUUGUCAGGGGCCUGUUUGGAGCCCACUGCUCUCAACGAACUCUUCCCAGACUGGAAGGAGAGAGGGGCACCACUGAACACACAAGUUACAGAAGACAAGUUUGCCAUUUUGACAGAAAAAUACAGGAUUCCUGUUCCAAUUCUUCCAGGUCUCCCCAUGAACAACCAUGGAAAUUAUAUCGUGCGGCUGGGCCACUUUGUGCGCUGGCUGGGGGAGCAGGCCGAGGAGCUAGGUGUGGAGCUUUAUCCUGGCUACGCUGCAGCAGAGGUAUUGUUUCAUGAGGACGGAAGUGUGAAGGGAAUAGCCACCAAUGAUGUGGGGAUUGCUAAAGAUGGUUCUCCUAAGGACGUAUUUGAGCGAGGCAUGGAGCUCCAUGCCAAGGUCACACUGUUUGGGGAGGGCUGUCAUGGACAUCUGGCCAAGCAGCUCUACAAACACUUCAACCUGAGAGAGGGCUGUGAGCCACAGACCUACGCCAUUGGCCUCAAAGAGCUGUGGCUGAUUGACGAGAAAAAGUGGCGCCCUGGCCGGGUGGAGCACUCUGUCGGCUGGCCUCUGAACCGCAACACGUACGGAGGGUCCUUCCUUUACCACCUGAAUGAAGGAGAGCCGCUGGUGGCUCUGGGCUUCGUGGUGGGCCUGGACUACACUAACCCUUACCUCAGCCCAUUUAGAGAGUUCCAGCGCUGGAAGCAUCACCCCUCUAUAGCCCCCACACUGGAGGGUGGCAGCAGGAUAGCGUAUGGAGCUAGAGCUCUUAAUGAGGGAGGCUUCCAGUCUGUGCCUAAGCUGACGUUUCCAGGCGGCACUCUCAUCGGCUGCAGUCCAGGCUUCAUGAAUGUGCCCAAGAUCAAAGGCACCCACACAGCUAUGAAGAGCGGCAUGCUAGCAGCAGAGGCCAUCUUCAGCAAACUGACCGACGAGAGCCUGCAGUCCGAGACAACAGGUAUUUAUGUUCCUGAGUAUGAGCAAAGCCUAAAGAACUCCUGGGUGUGGAAAGAGCUGCAUGCUGUGAGGAACAUUCGGCCAUCGUUCCACAACUACUUCGGUCUCUACGGAGGGAUGCUGUACACUGGAAUCUUCUACUGGAUCCUGCGAGGCAAAGAGCCAUGGACGCUUAAGCACUGCGGUAUGGACUCGGCUCAGCUGAAACCAGCAAAAGAAUGCACGCCCAUCGAGUAUCCAAAGCCUGAUGGAAAAAUCAGCUUUGACCUGCUGUCAUCAGUGGCUCUGAGUGGGACCAAUCACGAGCACGAUCAGCCCCCUCACCUCACGCUGAAGGACGACGGUGUUCCUGUAGCACAAAAUCUCGCCAUCUAUGAUGGCCCUGAGCAGAGAUUCUGUCCUGCAGGUGUGUACGAGUUUGUUCCCCUGGAGUCAGGUGAAGGUAUGAGACUACAGAUAAAUGCACAGAACUGUGUGCACUGCAAGACGUGUGAUAUCAAAGACCCCAGCCAGAACAUCAACUGGGUCGUCCCUGAGGGGAGCGGAGGACCAGCCUACAAUGGCAUGUGAAAUGUGGCUUCUUUCUAGGGUUCUUUUAUGGUUUUCUUCAGGUUUUAUAUAGGCUCCUAUGGCAUCAUGCACAGGGUCUAUGUUUUAUUAACCUUCAAGGAGGAUUGCAGUACUUUAUGUGCCUACAGAACAUUCCCAUAUCCUCUGAUAUGGGCAUUAAGAGUGGAAUUAUCAUGAUGUAAGUGGCAUAGGUGUUUGUUCAAUGAAACAAGGCUUGAAAGGCUACUGGAACACAGUUUUAAUGUAAAAGAUUAACAUGUGUGACCAAGCAAACUUUUACAGGCUGCUCAGAUGAACAGCAGUAUUUUUGGUUUGUCUGCAUACGCACACUUAACUGAUGGGUGAUGCUAUUGUGUUAGCUGGACAGGUACUAGCCUAUGCGCUAACAGCUCUAGCUCAUUUGUUGCUGUACAUAGUAGCAAAUUCAGAAACUGGUAGAAUAAACUCAUUUUACCAAA